AUGCUACUGAUCGUUGUUAUGUUCGCCGUUAACUCUCUAGUAGCGUUUGGAGGUGGAAACCAAUGCUUUCAACAGGACGACCUACCAAAUAUGUUUAAAAAUCUGGAAUUUAUACAUCCACCUUUUAAGUCGGUUACAUCUCUGGGUCCAAUAGAUUGUGCCAGGCAGUGCAAACUUCAUACAUUAUGCUAUUUUGUAAACUUCAAUAUCGAAACAUUAAAUUGUUCUCUUAUUUCUGACACGGGUGAUUAUAGACGUCUUAACCCAGUGAGUGUGAUGAUAUAUGUUAAAUCCUGGAACGAAAACAUACUACGUACCUGCAAAAAUCAUCAAUGUCCAAAUAACACUGUUUGUAAGGAGAAUAACUCUGGCUUUGACUGCCAACCAAUAGGAUGUACUGGAAUACCUCAAGUGCCAAACAUAAAUGUUACUUCUUUUACAAGCAAAGUUUUAUGGGAUUUUAAUGAGGUGGUCGAAUACGCCUGUAUUCGAGGUCGCUUCGCUGCAACGAAUGUCACGUGCACUUCAAACGGCUUUUGGAGUAACGUGGAUUGUAUACAAUACACCAAGUGUAGCAAUACACGAAUUUGUUCUGAAAUGCAAAGCAAAGACUUCUGGCUUUACUUAAGUACCUUCAACUCACGGCGAAAAGUUUUCUGCAGCUUUACAGGCAUAUCUAAUGCUGCUAUGUACAUAUCUCUUCCGGAAUAUAACACUGCAUCAACGCCUAUUUACACAAGAAACGGUACCUCCUGUGAACUGAUAGAGGCUACAGACCCAAGUACAUUCUCAAUGGGUUAUACUGAUUUUAAAAAAAUAAGGAAUAUUAUAAGUGGUAAAAUAAAAACGACAGGGAGGAUGUAUGCCAAUUCAUCCUUCUCCUUGCAAGAUUAUGGACGAGCUGGCGACUGUUAUGCUGGAAAUGAUAGUGAUGUUUGUGGAGUCAUUGGUCACUUUAUCAUCGACCUCCGGGGGACAGGAUUUAAAAUCAACUCUACAGCCAAGUGGAAAACUUGGGGGACAGAUGGAGUAAUACAAAAUAUAACAUGGUCAGAUGAUGGUCGAGUAAUUGAAGGCUUUUGUGGUGGAAAUUGUGGAGGUUGUGAACCAGAUGGAGAAUUGGUCUUAGAAGCUGAUUAUACCGACCAACCCGCAAAUGAUUCAGCAGAAUUACCGAUAUGUAAAUUCCCAUUAAGAUAA